CUUCCUCCCCCGGUCCCGUGACCGCCGCCGCCCUUCUGCGCAGGCGCCGCCUGCGAGCGCGCCUGCGCGCUUCGUCUUGGGGGCGGGCCAGGGGUCAGGACGCCUGGGUCCUUGGGGGGAGGUAAGGGGGGGCCUGGACGCCUGGGUCCUUCGCCGGGGCGGGGGAUGCCCUGUGGUGCCGGCUGGGUGCCUGCCUGGGGCAAGGCUGGCAGUGAGUGACGGGACAGGCCACUGUCCUUGCUGCAGGACUGGACAUGGCAGCGUUGCGCUUGCUGUACCAGGCUGCCCGCACAGGCACGCCGGCUAAUCUGUGCUGCCUGCGCCCGCUCAGCACCACUGCCCCCAGGGAGUCCUACAAGUAUGUGAAUGUCCAGGACCCAGCCAUGGACAUGAAGUCUAUCACUGAUCGGGCUGCCCAGACCCUGCUGUGGACAGAGCUCUUCCGAGGCCUGGCCAUGACUCUGAGCUACCUCUUCCGGGAACCAGCCACUAUCAACUACCCCUUUGAGAAGGGCCCACUGAGUCCUCGUUUCCGUGGGGAGCACGCGCUGCGCCGCUACCCAUCUGGGGAGGAGAGGUGCAUUGCCUGCAAACUCUGUGAGGCUGUCUGUCCGGCCCAGGCAAUCACCAUUGAGGCAGAGCCAAGAGCGGAUGGCAGCCGCCGCACUACCCGCUAUGACAUCGACAUGACCAAGUGCAUUUACUGUGGGUUCUGCCAGGAGGCCUGCCCUGUGGAUGCCAUUGUGGAGGGCCCCAACUUUGAGUUCUCAACGGAGACGCAUGAGGAGCUCCUCUACAACAAGGAGAAGCUGCUCAACAACGGUGACAAGUGGGAGGCUGAGAUUGCAGCCAACAUCCAGGCUGAUUACCUGUACCGGUGACCGCUGGAGCCUGCGCAGCCUGGCCACACUGUGUCCUCCCUGCUCCCAUAAUAAAGGGCCUAGGGGUGCUGCUGCAGCCAUCUGUGCUGGGGGCACUGGCCCAUUCCUAACCGAGA